CGCCCAGCUCCUCAAGUGAACUAGACUGGGACCAGCUCCUGCAGUCGCUGGACGAGGGCUCCAGCCAGCGCAAGCGUAACCGGCCCCUCGUUUUUGACACAAGUACGUUUGAGUUUGGGGACGGCAGCAGCCGAUUCUUGUGGGGGGAGCAGCUUCUGGGUGCGCCAUACCGGGAGGCGGCUGAGACCAAUCUCCAGCAGCUGUUGGGUGCGCCUGGACUACAAAAUACUUCCCACCUCUCGUUGGCGCCCAGCGCGGAUCAAGCUGUGCCAAGAAAGACGGGCGGAGCCCAAGGUGCUGAUAAGGGACUGGCGGCCGGGGCGCUAUAUGUAAUUGCGGAUAGCCCUAGCAACCCCGGUGUUCUGCAGACUGGGGCUCACACGGAGUUGGCGUCCCUUGAAGGGCUGGUGAGACAAGAGGGGGCAGCCGCCGCAUCGAGUUGGGGGGCGGUCGAUCCCUUGCGUUCCACGGGGCAGGUGGGCUCGAGUUUGCAGAGGGGGGUUGCGGAGCAGGUUCAGGAGUCCCCCCUGAUGCGGGCCGUAGAUGUGGCGGCUUGCCAGGUGGCGCUUGCGUGCCCCGUCGAUAUCGACGCCGAUCUGCUUCCAUAUGAUCCCUGGCAAAGACUGGGGCAGGUCAGACCGGCGCCGUCGGCUGCUGUCGAAUGGGAGGGGCUGAGCCCUCCGGUGUCAUUUUGGAUUUCGGGCCGGGAUGACGUGGAGACUUUCGAUUGGCUGCUGCAAGGGGAGGCCGUCGGAGAGGGGCUCGGAAGCCAGCAGUCUCCAGGCUCCGAGCACUCCCCCGCCCCCUCUGCGCUGCACCACUUGUGGGCCCAAAUGGAGCCGCCCCAGCUCCGCGAGGAGCGCUUCCGGAGCUUUCGGACGGCGUACAAAGAAGAGGUCCGCAGGCUGCGCAUCUGGGCGGCGACCUUCGUGGGCGAGCCACUGCUGCCCGUGGUCGCCGAGCUGCACUUCGUCUCGUGCAACGUGCUGCCGAACCUGGGGGACCGCCACGCGCGCAGUAGGGGUGACAGCGCUGACGUCAUCACCUUCCAGGACCACACCAUGACGUCACUCGCUCCCCUUUUCCUGCGCAGCAUGAUGAUGACCAAGGGCGGCCUCUGGAGUGCAUUCGUAGCGCACACCCUCGCGGUCGCGGAUCCAGCUGACGUGUACGUGGCGCGCCGGGACGGCGCAAAGGCGUUCUACGGCACGAGCUCCAGACUGAUGUCACUCAGCAUGCAGCACAAGUGCUUGAACAUGAUUUUCUUGGCAGGCGAUCUCAAGGACGAGUCAUCGUACGGCCCAGAGAUCUUCCGAUUGUACGGCGCUCUCCACAAGUCGGUCGGCCUAACCCGGGCCCCCCCGCCGCCCGGUUUCGCCUGCCAGCAGAUCACCUUCCCGGAGCUAACUGACCCCAAACCCGAAAUUGAUACAACAGACGACGCCCCAAUUGAGCUGGUUCAGUUCGAAGAGGAUCGGAGCGUGCUGCCGCGCCUUCCGCCCCUCGGGGGAUCCCCCCGGCCGCCUUCCAACUGGAUCAACCGGCAACGGCUGCUGAGUACCGGGAAGGGGUUGAGGGAGGCAGGGGAACCGGCGCGGGAGUGCCUCCGGCGGCUCUUUGAGCGGGCCACCGCGAGCCACGUCAGCAAGUUCGACACGAUGGCCGGGGGGACUCUGCCCACUUUAGAGGGGUAUCUAGCGUCAGAGCGCCACGCGUCGGGGACGCUCUUGAGCCUCGGCAUGGCGUUCUGCGCCAUCGGACAAGGCCUUGCGGACGCCGGACGCUGGGAGCCGUCGCCGGACGAGGUGGAGCAGCUGUUCGAGGAGACGGCGAAAGCGUUCGAACUCGCGGGGAACGUUGUCCAGAUCCUGAGCGACCUGCGACGCAGUACAGUGGCCUCAACAGAGGCAUGCAGCAUGUUCGAGGAGACGGCGAAAGUGUUCGAACUCGCGGGGAAAGUCGUCCAGAUCUUGAGCGACCUGCGGACGUAUCAGGCCGAUCUGGUGCAACUUCGGCUGAAUGCAGUGGCCAUCCAGAUGCGGGAAGCGCACUGCAGCCAGAAAGAAGCAUUUGGUUUCUUGCUCGCCAAAGCCGCAAGUGAUAUCGAGCUAUUGGGCGCCGAAACCAAAGCCCACGCAGCCAAGGGUCCAUUUGCGCGCGCGUGUUGGAGGUUGCCUUUCGAAGUUUGCCGCACCAGCGUGUCUUUCUUUAGCAUACUGGGCUCGAAAGACCGGGCAAUGGAGUUGUUCGAAAUGGGUAAGGUGCUGAAUAAAUAG